AAGAUUAAUGGGAGUGAAUUUCUGCGUCUUUUCGGAAUUAUUUAUUUUAAUUUAAUUAUUUUAUAAGCAUAAAAAUGCUAAAUUUUUUACAUUCAAAAUUAAAGCCAACAAUUAUUUGUAAUUGUGUUUGCGAAGAUGAUUAUCCAGCAAACAAUUUAAUCUCAAAUAAACCAAACCAAGGAUUCAUGGCAUUUUCAGUUACAAAACCUCCCAUAGAUCUCACCUUUAAUUUACCUCAUCAAGUUGAAAUUCAUCAAAUUAAAUUAUGGACAAGUAUUGGAGCAUUAAAAUCUACCGGGUUUGAAGUUAAAAUCAGAAAUAACGAAGGAAUUGAAUGCAGAAUUGGUAGCGCAUUUAAUAUUACAGAAGAAUGUAUCACAUUUUGUCGCAACCCGAUUGAUUUAUCCAUGGGUAAGCAAAUUCAAUUUUUUCGUUAUUCCCAAAGGAUACUCGAUAAAGUAACAACGGUAAUAGUAACUAUUAAAACCACAAAAAAAUGUCCACCUGUAUUACGUAAAAUAGAAAUAUGGGGUCUUCCAGCACAAUGCUUAAAUAAAUUAACAAAAGAAAAAAUUUUAAAAAUAUGGGAUGAUACUUUAUACACUAGCCCAAACACAAAUGAGAAAAUUUCUAAGAAAACAAAAGAAGAAAUUCAAGCUUUAUCACUCAUUGAUACAAAUGAUGUUCCUGAAGAUUUUCUAGAUGAAAUUACAUAUAAUAUAAUGAUAUUUCCAAUGGUUUUACCAUCAGGAAAAAUGGUUGAUCAGUCCACAAUUGAUCGACAUUCACAAACGGAAGAAAAAUGGGGACGUUUACCGUCAGAUCCAUUUACUGGCCAAAUAUUCACUAAAGAUAGAAAACCUAUCCUCAAUCUUUUAUUAAAAUCACGUAUUGAAGAAUAUUUACUAAAAAACUCAUAUAAAAAAGAAAUUCAAUCGUUGCCACGCGUUCUUGGAAGACCAAUAAAACGACGUUCCCAACCUUCAGAAACUCAAACUUUAUCUUCAACUUUAAUUCAUUUAGAACCAAAACCAAAGAGAAUAAAAGUUGAAAACUUUAUGAGUAAAACUAGUCUGGAGGAUGAAAUAAAAUUUGCCUUGAAGGGCAUCAAAAGAUAUUCACAAAUUUCUUCAGCUACUGAAAAGACUGAUAAUGAUAAUGAUGAGGAUGAAGAUGAUGCUAAUAAUCACAAAAUUGAGAAAGUAAUAGCUUGUCUCAGUUGUAAAAGCAAUGAUAAUUUAUAUAGAAUUUUAGUUUGUAAGCAUUUGGUCUGCAAACCAUGUCUCGUCGAAUUGAGUCAUAAAAAUUUGUGUUCAUGCCAGACUACCUUCAAAACAAACGAAAUUGAAAAAUAUUAUAUAUAAUAUUGGCAAAUAAAGAA